UUACAACUCAUGUAAAUUGACUUGCUUUUUAAAGACCUACAUACAUACAUACAAACAUAACCUAUAAGACGUGGGUAACACGUGGAUAACACUGUCAUCCAAAUGAAUUUAUUUGUAAUAAAUAGAUAUGAGAAUGAAAAAGAGGAAGCUGGAAAUGAAAAAGAACAUUUAUCCGAAUUAUUAAAAAGAAUAGAGGAACGUAAACGUCGGAAAAGUGCUAAAGAUUAUAUUGAAGAUUUACAGGAAUCAGAAUGUAACAAGAAAAAGAGAAAGAGAGAAGAAAAUGAACAUUUAAUAGAAAAUAGUAGUAUUAGUGAAAAUGCUAUACAAAAUAAUAAUGAAGUAAAAGAAGAAAUAGAAAUUGCAGAUCAACCAAAGUUACACAGAAAGAAAAGAAGGAAGAAAAAAGGAAUUAUUAGCAAUGAAGAAAAUACUAUAAAAAAUGAAACUACUGAAAUUAAAGGAGAAGAGCUACAAAGUGAAAAUACAGUUGAUCAAGGGAAUCAAGUAUCUAAUAAUAAUUCAGUAGGUUCAAAUACAGUACAGGAGAAGAUAAUAGAACAACAAACAGAUUUUACAGUUUUGGGUAGUAAAAGUAAGAAAGGAAGGCAUGAAGUUAAGAGAGUAUUACCAGAAUGGUUGGCUAAUCCAGAAAUUAUAUCGUUUGAUUUAAAUAGUGGUCCAAGCUUCGAAGAAUUGAAUUUAAUUUUAGAUAAUAAACUUAUUCAGGUUUUAAGAAAUAAUGGUAUCAAUAAAUUUUUUCCUGUUCAAGGUAGUAUGAUCUCUUGGUUAUUAAAGUGUAAUAAAGAUAGACAACAAGGAUGGUGGUUAAGGGAUACAUGUGUGUCUGCUCCUACAGGCAGUGGUAAAACUUUGGCAUAUGUUUUACCAAUUGUUCAAAUAUUACAUUCUCGAAUGAUUCCAAAAAUACGUUGUUUAGUUGUUGUACCAGUACAAGAAUUAGCCACUCAAGUUUACAAAGUGAUGGGUACUUAUACAUCACAUACAAAUCUUAAAGUUGGUUUGCUUUCUGGUGCAUCUUCAUUUCAUCAAGAACAAAGUAGCAUUUUGAAAAAAAGUGUAAAAGGGGACUAUGUAUCUUUAGUGGAUAUAGUUGUAGCUACACCAGGACGAUUAAUAGAUCAUCUAUUAAAAACACCAGGAUUUUCUUUGGAUGAUCUUAGAUUUCUUGUUAUUGACGAAGCAGAUAGAGCUGCAGACUGGUUAGAAUAUCUUCCUGAGCCUCAUUAUCGUGCUCCGCGAUUAACACUUCACAAUCUACGUUGCAGCAAAAUUCCAGCACAGAAAUUGUUAUUUAGUGCAACUUUAUCACAAGAUCCUGAAAAAUUGAACCAUCUUGGACUUUUUCAACCCAUAUUAUUUACAUCUGUUUUGGUAUCUGGCAAAGAUGAUGAUGUAAAUUUAGAUGGGGCAGUAGGUGAUUUUUUAGGCCGCUAUACAAGCCCUGCAGAAUUAACAGAACAGGCAGUAGAAUGUGCAACAGAGUAUAAACCAUUGGCUUUAUACCAGCUAUUAACUAGAAAUAUCAAGAUUUUUAAAACAUUAGUGUUUACAAAUUCUGGAGAGACUGUUCAUCGAUUAGCUAUCCUACUUCGGUCACUUUUAUCUGAAAAGAAUGUAAUAAUUGGAGAGCUUUCAGCACAACUAACGUCGAAAGAACGAGAAGAUGUGCUUACAAAAUUUUCUGCUGGAGAAAUACAAAUACUCAUAAGUUCAGAUGCAUUAGCAAGAGGAAUAGAUAUUUUAGAUAUACAAGUAGUUAUAUCUUAUGAUCUUCCUAAAUAUAUCAAAGCCUAUAUUCACAGAGCAGGAAGAACAGGACGUGCGGGUAAAUCUGGCACAGCAAUAUCUAUUUUAACGUCCAAACAAGUUGGAACCUUUAAACAUAUGUUGAAUAAUGCUCAUAAAGCAAUACCAGAUAUUGAAAAAUUAGAAUUGAUUGACAUUGUAAAUGAAAUUAAUUAUUUAAGCCAUGUCGAAAAAUUAAAGCAUGAUCUGGAAGAGGAGAAACAAUAUAAUUUAUCGCGUGUAAAAGCUACUAAACGAAUUCAGCCAAUAGUGACAGCAUUUUUCAAUUAUAUGAUAGUUAUCAUCAAGGGUCAUUGUUUAUUGAUUUAUGAUACAUAG